AUGUCCGUCGCCCCCGGCGCGCGCGCGUGGGACAGCGACGACGACGACGACGCGGACGUCCGCGAGGACGAGUACGCGGCCGCGGACGACGCGCUCGCCCCCGAGGAGACGUGCGCGCGGAUCGAACGCCUCGCGGUCGCUCACGCGCGCGCGCUGCUCCUUCCUCCGUCUCCUCUGUCUCCUCCCUCUCGCGAGCGCGCGACGAGAGACGCCGCCGCGGUGGAGUUCGCGAUCCGCGACGUCCGCGCGGCGGUGUACGCCCCGGGCGCGGGAGCCGACGCGGGGGCGUAUCGCCUCCCCGCGAACGCGGCGACGACGCGCGUCCGCCUCCACGACGCGCGAAGGCCCGCCGCGUACGCGCGGCUCUGGAAGCUCCUCGCGACGGUGCACCACCACCUCUCCGAACGCCGCGCGAUCACCCAGCGCGCGCUCUACUACCUCCUCUGCGCGCGCCAUCCGAAGCUCUUCCCCCCAGGCCGCGCACGGCUCGUCGCCGCCGCGCUCCGCGACGCCGUGACGCUCCUAAACUGCACGCGCGCCGCGAUGGGGGUCACUUCCGCGUCUCGAGGGCAAGUCGCCGGGCGCGUCGCGAUCCUCACGCCGGAGGACGGCGUGUGGAGGGACUUCAGCGACGCGUCCGCGCACUUCGUCGUGCCGGGGGACGUCCGCGCCGUCGAGCGCGCGCGGCUGCGGAGCGACGCGAGAUUCGUGUUGAUCGUCGAAAAAGACGCGGCGUUCGAUAAGCUGUGCCGCGAGCGGAUCCACGCGCGGGUGCCGUGCGUGCUCGUCACCGCGAAAGGGUUCCCCGACCUCGCGACGCGCGCCUUCUUGAAAAAGUUCGCCAGCGAGUUCCCGCGCGUCCCGAUGCUCGCGCUCGUGGAUUGGAACCCGAGCGGCCUCUUGAUUUUGCGGACGUACCGCGCCGGAAGCAGCGGCGGCGCGCUCGAGGCGUCGCGGUACGCGCUCGACGUGAAGUGGUUGGGGGUUCGGCGCGCGGACUUGGAGCGCGUCGACGCGCGGGCGCGUCAGCCGCUGACGGAGCUGGACAAGGCGAAGAUCAAGAACAUGUUGGCGGCGGAAACGGGCGCGUCGCAAGCGAGCGAGCUGCGUGCGAUGCUCGAGUCCGGGAUGAAAGCGGAGAUCGAAUCUCUGUACCCCGAGGCGGACGGCGGCGUUUUUACGCUCUCAGAGUUUGUCGUCUCCAAGUACCUCCGCGGGGACUACUUCUGA